AUGGGAAAGAUUUACCCACACCAAGCAGUACGCCUACACAGAGUAGGAAAAAUCGACGGAGAUCAAAUCUUUUCAAUCCUAAAAAGGAUGAUGAGAAGAAAUUGGAAACAGAAAAAUUGGGAAGUGGUCGGAGUUAUACCAAUCAAACAGGGCUAUUUAUAUAAACGAAGUCAUGGUCUGAAUAAAGAAUGGAAGAAAAAGUAUGUGACACUACUGGACGAUGGACGCUUGACUUACCAUCCCAGCUUGCAUGAUUAUAUGGAUGAAGUGCACGGUAAGGAGAUCAAUCUGGUCCGGACUACAGUGAAGAUCCCUGGUCUUCGGCCCAAGGGCAGCCGAGGAAUAUCAACCAACCCUUCUGUUAUGGGUCCAGCCAGCAUGACAACCAAUGGUAAAAGUACGAAGGAGGAGAAGAAUGUAAUGUUAACUACAUUUGAUGGCCUCAAUCAGCAGCCGUUACAAACCAAUGUGGAAGAUGCAAUUGUGAUUUCAAAUUCUUCUAUUACUCCUGAGAAAAGAUCACUCCCCCAUAUUUCCUUUGAGAUUGGAUCUAAUGCUUGCCUUCUCUUUCUUCCAUCAUUUGUCAUCCAUGGACAUCGAAAUGGAUGCUCUCUUUGUUUUGUUUCUCUCUCACUCUGUUUUUCUCUCUCUCUCUCUCUGUUUUUCUCUCUCUCUCUCACUCUGUUUUUCUCUCUCUCUCUCACUCUGUUUUUUUCUCUCUCUCUCACUCUGUUUUUUUCUCUCUCUCUCACUCUGUUUUUUUCUCUCUCUCUCUGUUUUUCUCUCUCUCUCUCACUCUGUUUUUCUCUCUCUCUCACUCUGUUUUUCUCUCUCUCUCACUGUUUUUCUCUCACUCUGUUUUCUCUCUCUCCUCUGUUUUUUCUCUCUCUCUUUUUUCUCUCUCUCACUGUUUUUCUCUCUCUCACUCUGUCUUUUUCUCUCUCUCACUCUGUCUUUUUCUCUCUCACUGUUUUUUCUCUCUCUCUCUCACUGUUUUUUCUCUCUCUCUCUCUCACUGUUUUUUCUCUCUCUCUCUCACUGUUUUUUCUCUCUCUCUCACUGUUUUUUCUCUCUCUCUCUCACUGUUUUUCUCUCUCUCACUGUUUUUUCUCUCUCUCACUGUUUUUUCUCUCUCUCACUGUUUUUUCUCUCUCUCUCUGUUUUUCUCUCUCUCUCUGUUUUUCUCUCUCUCUCUGUUUUUCUCUCUCUCUGUUUUUCUCUCUCUCUCUCUCUGUUUUUCUCUCUCUCUCUGUUUUUUUUCUCUCUCUCACUGUUUUUCUCUCUCUCUCACUUUUUUUCUCUCUCUCACUUUUUUUCUCUCUCUCACUUUUUUUCUCUCUCUCACUUUUUUUUCUCUCUCUCACUGUUUUUUCUCUCUCUCUCACUGUUUUUUUCUUCUCUCUCACUGUUUUUCUCUCUCUCUCACUGUUUUUCUCUCUCUCACUGUUUUUUCUCUCUCUCACUGUUUUUUCUCUCUCUCUCUCUCACUGUUUUUUUCUCUCUCUCUCUCACUGUUUUUUUCUCUCUCUCUCUGUUUUUUUCUCUCUCUCUCUCACUGUUUUUUUUUCUCUCUCUCUGUUUUUUUUUCUCUCUCUCACUGUUUUUUUCUCUCUCUCACUGUUUUUUCUCUCUCUCUCACUGUUUUUUUCUCUCUCUCUCACUGUUUUUUUUCUCUCUCUCUUUUUUCUCUCUCUCACUUUUUUUUCUCUCUCUCUCUCACUGUUUUUUUCUCUCUCUCUCUGUUUUUUUUCUUCUCUCUCUCUCACUGUUUUUCUCUCUCUCUCACUGUUUUUUCUCUCUCUCUCUCACUUUUUUUUUCUCUCUCUCUCUCUCACUGUUUUUUUCUCUCUCUCUCACUGUUUUUUUCUCUCUCUCUCACUGUUUUUUUCUCUCUCACUGUUUUUUCUCUCUCUCACUGUUUUUUUUUCUCUCUCUCACUGUUUUUUUCUCUCUCUCACUGUUUUUCUCUCUCUCUCUCACUGUUUUUUUCUCUCUCUCUCUCACUGUGUUUUUUCUCUCUCUCUCACUGUUUUUUUUUUCUCUCUCUCACUGUUUUUUUCUUUCUUUCUCUCUCUCACUGUUUUCUCUCUCUCACUGUUUUUUCUCUCUCACUGUUUUCUCUCUCUCACUGUUUUUCUCUCUCUCUCUCUCUUUUUUUCUCUCUCUCUCACUGUUUUUUCUCUCUCUCUCACUGUUUUUUUUUUUCUCUCUCACUGUUUUUUCUUUCUCUCUCUCACUGUUUUUUUUCUCUCUCACUUUUUUUUCUCUCUCUCACUGUUUUUUCUCUCUUCUGUUUUUUCUCUCUUCUGUUUUUUCUCUCUUCUGUUUUUUCUCUCUUCUGUUUUUUCUCUCUUCUGUUUUUUCUCUCUUCUGUUUUUUCUCUCUUCUGUUUUUUUCUCUCUCUGUUUUUCUCCUCUCUCUCACUGUUUUUCUCCUCUCUCUCACUGUUUUUUUUUUCUCUCUCUCUCACUGUUUUUUUCUCUCUCUCUCACUGUUUUUUUUUUUCUUCUCUCUCUCUCUUUCUCACUGUUUUUUCUCUUUCUCACUGUUUUUUCUCUUUCUCUCUCUCAGUGUUUUUCUUUCUCUCUCUCUCAGUGUUUUUCUUUCUCUCUCUCUCAGUGUUUUUCUUUCUCUCUCUCUCAGUGUUUUUCUUUCUCUCUCUCUCUCUCCUUGACCUCUCUCUUUUCUCUCUCUCCUUGA